CCGCGGUCACACUGUUCAAAAAUUUGCAAAAAGAACGCACGUUCCCGUGUGGAAAUCAAUACGAAAUCAACAAAAAGUGAUCGAUUUUGCAACAGACGCAGCCCAGAACGCGCCAGAAGUGCAUUACUCAUUGUCCGACAGCCAACGCGCGUGUUUCCCCAGCUGCCAGCCGACAGCCAACCACAAAGCAAUCGCACUUUUGUUGUGGAAAAUUUUGCAGUCGUCGCCGUCGCCGCCGCUGCCGCCAACGAGCGAACGAAAAAAAAAAUUUGCGCGUCGUCUGUGCCCGUCUGUGCUUGCGCCAGUUUGAGUGUGUGUGUGUGUGUGUGUGUAUAUCCGUGUCGCACGGCCUACAUUGUCAAUUAACAAGCGCGAAACAUUGUGAUCACCCUUUUUCCUACGCGCCGCCAGCACUUCUACAGUCUACGUCAGCAUGUCCACUCCACGACCUGAGGAGCACCAGAAGUUCUCCGCCGCCGCCGCCCUCUGCCCGCUCAGCAACUGCCAGUUCAGCGGCGUCGUAAUUAGCGCCAUCGCUGACGAGCAAAAGCUCGAAUUUACCAACAAAUACAAGGGCAGCUGCACGCUGCUCUGCAGCUACGACUCCCAGGGCAUUGUGCUGCGAAUAGUGUUGGAUGCCGACCGGGAGAAUGUGCUCAAGGAGUACAUGAUAGCGGCGGACACGGACGCGGCCCAGCUGGGCCGACGUAGCUAUGCAGUCACCCUGGAGUCGGAUAACCUGGUGCUGAGGUUUGCCAGCGACCAGGACCAGCAGCUCUUCCGCAAGGUGGUGGAGAAUGUGAAACACCUAAGGCCCAAGUCUGUGUUUUCGCAGCGUACCGAGGAGUCUUCCGCAUCGCAGUAUUUCCAGUUCUACGGCUAUCUGAGCCAGCAGCAGAACAUGAUGCAGGACUAUGUGAGAACGAGCACGUACCAAAGGGCCAUUCUGGGAAAUGCAGUCGACUUCCAAGAUAAAAUCGUACUGGAUGUGGGAGCUGGCUCUGGUAUUUUGUCGUUCUUUGCCGUGCAGGCUGGCGCGGCCAAGGUGUAUGCCAUUGAGGCUUCGAAUAUGGCUCAGUAUGCGCAGCAAUUGGUCGAAUCGAACAGCGUGCAGCAUAAGAUCUCUGUGAUACCCGGCAAGAUCGAGGAGAUCGAAUUGCCCGAGAAAGUAGAUGUCAUCAUAUCGGAACCCAUGGGCUAUAUGCUGUACAACGAACGCAUGCUGGAGACCUAUCUGCAUGCGAGGAAGUGGCUCAAGCCCAAUGGCAAAAUGUAUCCCACACACGGGGACCUCCACAUUGCGCCCUUCUCUGACGAGUCGCUCUACUCGGAACAGUACAACAAGGCAAAUUUCUGGUACCAGUCGGCCUUCCAUGGCGUCGACCUCACCACCCUGCACAAGGAGGGCAUGAAGGAGUACUUCCGCCAGCCGAUUGUGGACACUUUCGACAUUCGAAUCUGCAUGGCAAAGUCUGUUAGGCAUGUUUGCGAUUUCCUCAACGACAAGGAGGAUGAUCUCCAUCUUAUUGAUAUCCCACUGGAAUUCCAAAUACUCCAAACUGGCAUCUGCCAUGGGCUGGCGUUCUGGUUCGACGUUGAGUUCAGUGGCAGCAGCCAGAACGUUUGGCUCUCCACCUCACCGACGGCUCCAUUGACGCACUGGUACCAGGUGCGCUGCCUGCUGCCCAUGCCCAUCUUCAUCAAGCAGGGCCAGACGCUGACGGGACGGGUGCUGCUCGAGGCCAAUCGGCGGCAGUCGUACGAUGUCACCAUCGAUCUGCACAUCGAGGGCACUUUGAUAUCAUCGAGCAACACUUUGGAUCUUAAGAAUCCGUAUUUUCGGUACACGGGGGCGCCGGUCCAGGCGCCGCCGGGGACUAGUACGCAGAGCCCGUCUGAACAAUACUGGACACAGGUCGAUACGCAGGGCUCGCGAAAUUCCUCUAGCAUGCUAAAUGGUGCUCUUGGUGUCAAUGGUAUCGGUGAUGGCAGCAUGGACAUUACCCACGGACUCAUGCAUCCGCACUAGUUUGACGGUAAACAUGCAACAUGCUGGCAAUGCUCCUUGCUAUAAAUUCGCGCCCUAACUGAACCGAUUGCAACCGGUUCUACUCCUUCUGUUUCUGUAAGAUUUGUUUUGUUAUAACUCUGUUUUUUUUAUGGUUAGGUUUAUUUAUUGAAAAGUUGUAAAUUAUAUUUUUUGUACUCUGGAAAUGUAGUUGCAACUUUAUACUCCCGCCUCCUCCACUGUCCUAUUUUAUGCGCCUAAAUAUUUAUUUUUUCAUUUACUUUAAAAACCGAUCGGAUGUAGCGAAGAAAUAGGAAGCCCAGCCAGAAACCAGCAAACCCGCAAACAAAAGAAACAAUCAAGAAAGCAAGGCAGACUAAAAAGUAGUUGUUUAGAACACACGCAGCAUAUUCAAUAAGCAUAAGCUAAUUUUAGCCCAUAGUAUUUAGUGUUUUUAACCGUAUGUAAAAUGUAAUAACGAUAUUUAAUCAACUCGUGUGUGGGACUGCAGCUGAAUGAAUAAUUCGGAAUUAAUUGAUUCUUAGUUAAUGCCAGUUUGCCAAUUGCUAAUUGCAGUCUUUGAAAGCUUUGAACAAAACUCGUAACAUAUUCUGAUUGUAUUUGUAUCUAUUUGUGUGUUAUCUUAUAUUAUAUUAUAUUGUAUUGAAUUGAAUUGUGUGUACCUCUUGCAAGCUAGUUUCAAUUCUUUUUUGUCUGCGUUUGCCUCGAGCGAUUUAUAUUUUAGUUUUGUGAAAUUAUAAGGAAAUUUGCUCAUAGGAUUUAGUGGAUAAGUCAAGCAUUAAAAAGAAACAAAUACUUUUAUUUAUAAAAACUGAUUCCCGCCUAGAGAUUAUAAAUGUAUCAAUUAUGCUUACAAAAAACCAACAUGAAUUGUGUUAGUAUGUUCUGGCUUUGAGUUUCCCUGCUA